AUGGCUGGGGCUGGGUCAUUCUCUACAUCAUCUUCGUCGUCUUUCUCACCACCGCCCUCUUCUGGUCCUGCAUCUGUUCCUUCCUUUGGACCCUUAUCUGUCCCUUCCUCUGCCCCUUCUUCUGUACCCCCUCCUGUUCCUUCAUCUGUCCCGUUUCCUUCUCCAGUCCCUUCUGCUGUACCUUCUUCCUCCCCACCCUCGCCAAUGUUCUCACCACCUACAUUUUCAGGCUCUUCCGUUGGUGCUUCUGUUGGCUCUUCAGUAGUUGCUUCAAUUUCCUUUGGUGGCGGAAGUUUUCUACCAGAUGGGGGACCUUGA